GACGUAAUUCCUUCAAAUGUUUGACAGUUUUUUAAGGAUGACUGAAGCCAUACAUCAGAAGGUGCGUUCAAGUACUUCACUCAACCCAGCCAUUCAAUCUUUACCUCCUUCACUCUGUCCGAAGAACUUCAGGAGAAUCAGACGCACAGAAGACAGCGGUCCCUAUCCCAUUCCCGGACUCAACGCAGACUUUCUCCACAUGCGAGUAAGAGAAGGAAGCAAAAUCCGCAAUUUGCUGCGGUUUGCAAUAGCUCGCAUGCAAGGCGAGGCUCGAGACAGCCAUGGGCAGUCACCGAGACAGGUGGUCUUCACUGGUUCGGAUAGAGGGGUCACCAAGACUAUCACCUGUGUGGAGAUCUUCAAACGCAAAGUGGAAGGGCUCCACCAGGUGUCCAAACUCUACUACAAGACCGUGGAUGAAGUUUGGGAAGCAUCGCAACAGGCAGCGCCGGGGAUAACCGUGCAGAGGACGGUCCCGGCCAUUUGUAUCCUGCUCUCCAAAGACCCUCUCAAUCCCCAGGAGCCUGGAUACCAGCCUCCCCAGUCAGCCAGCGUUCCCUCAGAGGGUAUAGGGAUGUACACAGCCAUGCUCAGGCCGCCGCAAUGCUCCAUGGCAGCUAAGAAACUCUGCCUGGAGGACUGGAGCAAAUGUGCUCCAUGAAUUGAGCUAGAUUUCUAUGUUGGAGGUUUAUUUGUUGAAAUACUGUAUGUCCACAUUUAUAACUGUUCUACUGGGAUAACUCGAUUUUCCUCACAACAUGCCAGCAAGAUUGUUUCGCAUAUACACACAAGCAGUGAGAAGGGCAAUAGACAUGAGUGAGCGAGAGCAUUCAAAUCAAUUGUGGAGAUUUGUGUUUUAACUUACAAUAAA